AUGGCAGCGCUGGCUGACAUGACUGAGGCUGGCCUGGUGGCUUUUCUGGUGGUGCUGUCCAUCCUUGGAAUACAGUCGCAGGCUAAGGAGGUUUUUAACAUCUUCGUCCCAGGCAACAAUGGCGGCAAUGUCCAGGAGACCGUGACCAUUGACAACCAGGAGAACACAGCCACCAUCAACAUCCACUCGGGCUCAUGCUCUUCCACCACCAUUUUUGACUAUAAGCAUGGUUACAUUGCAUCCCGGGUGCUCUCCCGGAGAGCCUGCUACAUCAUCAAGAUGGACCACAAAGCCAUCCCUGCUCUGGACAAACUCCAACGUUUCCUCUAUGAGAAGCAGACAAUGAAUGCCAUGGCCUCCACAGAGUAUACCUGGGUCAAGUACAACCCCCUAAAGUCUCUGAUCACAAAGGUGGACUGGUUCCUGUUUGGCUCCCCGAUUGAGCAGCUGUGCAAGCACAUCCCCCUGUAUGAGGGGGAGGUGGCCACAAAGCCAAAAGAGGUGAGCACUGGAGCCUGUGCAAAGGUGGGGAUCCUGGGGAUCCUGGGGAUCUCUAUCUGUGGAGGGAUCCACCUUUAAGAUGGCCCAUCAGCUGACUUCGUCUUUUCAAAGAAACAAACCUUUGGUUGCCACUCAGAAGCCAAACUAAAUUCUUCCCAACAUCCCAUCUACUUAUGAGAUCCAGUAAUAACACAGAAAUGAUAUAUUUACAGA